GGAAAAAAAACAAAACAGGCCCGAGGAGUCCACGGUGCGCGUGUUGUUAUCGUCACAUUUGAGCUUCGCGCGUGCUUAAUCGACUCGACUCGCUGGUGACAAUUGCACUGUUUGGGUUUAUUUGGACUAGCGAAGGAAAGAAAGCCUUUGGGGGGGGGGGGGGGCGGUAAAUCCAACCAUUUUGGGCCAGAGGCCGACGUGGAAAAGCAACAGUAACUUCCUGGUUCGCGCAGCGUUUCCGCCAGUCGCCAUGUCGGUGGCGCCGCGACGUGUCCGCCUGAAGCCGUGGUUGGUAGCCCAGGUGGACAGCGGGAGGUACCCCGGCCUGGAGUGGAUAGACCGCGACGCCAUGCGCUUCAGGAUCCCCUGGAAGCACGCCACUCGACACACACCUCAACACGAGGACGAGGACACCAUAUUCAAGGCCUGGGCUGUGGAGACUGGGAAAUUCCAGGAGGGGUCUGACGAACCCGAUCCCGCCAAGUGGAAAGCUCAGCUCCGAUGUGCCCUGAACAAAAGCCGCGAAUUCAACCUCGUCUAUGACGGAACCAAAGAGGUCCCGAUGAAUCCCUUAAAGAUAUAUGAUGUCUGUGACAUCCUGCAACCCCUAAGCAACCCAGGUUCUUCAGAUGCUGGUUCUUGGACUCCGGGUGAGGACGACGGCACCGAGGAAGAUAUUCCAUACACACCAGAAUCUCUUCCUCCUUACCCAUCCAAUGGCACGAGUCCCUCUCCUCUCAUCCUGUGGUCUCCUAUGGGCUCCGAGUCCUCCAUGCCACCGCCUACAAGUUGCCCCCAAUCUAAUGAAGUGUGGCCCAAAGAGGAACCCAUUAAGAUUUGGCCAAAACAGGAGCCCGCAGAUGUGGAGAUGCAACCGCCACCCCUGGCUGAGCCCUCUAUGCAGGGGCCUACUCUUACCGACACCUUAUUCGCCUCCCCGGAGAUGUGGAUCAGCUCCCUCCCAAUGACCGACCUGGAGGUGCAGUUCCUGUACCGUGGGAGGGAGAUGUGUCCCACCGUCACCGUCAGCAACCCGCAGGGCUGCAGGCUUUUCUACGGCGAUCUCGGCCCGAUGGUCAACCAGGAGGAGCUGUUCGGACCGGUCAGCAUGGAACAGUUGCGCUUCCCGACCACGGAGAACAUCAGCAACGACAAGCAGAGACACUUCACAAACCGCCUGCUGGACGUGAUGGACCGAGGUCUGAUCUUGGAGGUGAGCGGCCACGAUAUCUACGCCGUCCGUCUGUGCCAAUGCAAGGUGUACUGGUCCGGCCCCUGUGCGCCAAACGCCGCGGCGCCAAAUCCUAUCGAGCGGCAGACGAAGGUCAAGCUGUUUUGCUUGGAGUCGUUUCUCAGUGGUGUGAUCGCCCACCAGCGCGGCCAAACCCCGAAUCCUCCGCAGUUUGAAAUUACCCUAUGUUUUGGAGAGGAGUGGCCUGAUGGCAGGCCAACUGAGAGGAAGCUUAUCAUGGUUCAGAUCAUCCCAGUGGUGGCCCGCAUGAUCACCGAGAUGUUUUCCGGAGACAACACGCGAUCCUUCGACAGCGGCAGCGUGCGCCUCCAGAUCUCCAUCCCUGAUAUCAAAGACAACAUAGUGACCCAUCUGAAGCAGCUCUACUGCUUGCUGCACACCAACCAAGGCCAGGAAGGCUGGGUUUUGCCUCCAGGCUCAGGCCUGAAUCUCAUCCACACUUUGCAAGGCCAGUGAGCGCCUGCCGGGCAACGACAGACGGAAGUCCAAUAUAGAUUUUUAUCAUACGUCCUGCUAGCAAAAAACUUACUUGUUAAGUCCUAUUUAAAAGUAUCCUGUAGUUAUGUUUCGAUCUCUCUAUAGUGUGUCUUUUUUUGUCUUCUUUCUUUUCAUGCUCUGCAUCUCUGUACACUUUGUGUGCAGGAGCGCUACAUGGAUGGGCCAAAGUCCUGCUUGCUGCAAAGGAUAGUUUAGCAUAGUUAAUGACUUACAGACAUUGCCUUGUUGAUCCUAAAAUGCCAGCGAUUAGCCACAUUCCCUGUUUGAAACGCACACAUUUUAAACCAGUGCUUCAAGCGUGCGGUUUAACCCUUAUGGAGAAUUUUCUAUUGUAUAGCUCCCCAAAAACCUUUCCCUCAACCAUGCUUAAAAGUCACAAGUUAAACAAAUGUAAAGAUAGAGAUGUGUUAAUCAUGUUAGUUUGGUUUUGUCAUCUACUGUAUAUUUAGCAUGAGUGUAUAUGCACAUUUUUAAUCCACUAACUGUAUGCACAUAAUUCAUAAAAAUAUGCAUUGUUCAGCUUUAUGGAUUUGUUACGAGAUGGAUGCUACUCCCCUUGGGGUGUUGAGCGGUCUUCUAUGGCACCUUUUACUCUGAUUUUAUGUACAAUAAAAUGUCCCACUAGCAUUAA